GUCUUCUGUCUCCUGUCAAUUUUCUCCAUCAGCAAUCAUCAAGUCAAACCAGCCCCUAGCCCUCCAGCCAGCAAUCAACCCCCUUCGAUAGUCAAACGCAAAGCUUCGUUUCUCGGGCAGAACUCCUCUUUUUCAAGGACACAGCACUAUCUUUUUCUUUUUAUUAAGUAAAAGCCUUCCUGCUUUCCUCCACCUGAUCGACAAGCACCCACAAAAGAAAAACAUCAUGUCCACCAACGCCACUGAGACCGUCGCCGCCGCUGCUCCUGAUACUGUUGAGACUGUUACCGAUGUUCUCAAUGAUGCUACUCUUGCUCCCAGGACCGAAAUUAGCGAGGCAGAUGCCGCUCAUGCUGCUUCUGCUGCUGAAGGCAGGAGACUUUACAUCGGGAACCUUGCGUAUGCUACUACUGAGGAGCAGCUAAAAGAAUUUUUCGAAGGGUUUUCUAUGUGAGUAACCAUCUUUCUUUCUUAGGAUGGCGCCCCUCCAUGAACGUUGCUUUCAGUUCUUCCGUCGUAGCUUCGAGCUUGAUGUGCUUGAGCAAGGCUGACAUUUACUGCCAUCUAGUGAAUCCACUUCCAUCCCCACCAACCCUCGCACCACUCGUGCUGUUGGCUAUGCCUUUGUUGAUGUCACCACUAAGGAAGAGGCAGAGCGUGCAAUUGCGGAGCUCAGUGGAAAAGAGGUUCAGGAACGGAAGGUUAGUGUUCAGCUAGCCAGAAAGCCUGGCACGUCUGGCUCCACCAGAAAGGAGGGUGAAUACGGUGCACCUGCGGAAGGGCAACAGCAGGCACCUCAUGAAGGGGCAAGAAAGACCAGGGGCAAUCCCAGGAACCGUGGGAGAGGAAGGGGCCGGUCCGGACCCAAGGUUGGUUCUUUUCUUUUCUUUUUAUAUAUAAUCUUGGGGUGAACCUGACAUCAGCGAAAGAACCGCCCGAACCGUGAGAAUGGCGCCACUAGUGAAGAAGAAAAGUUUGCACCUACCAAUGUUCCUGGACAGGCUCCUCCUCCCACUGAGGCCUCCCCCUACUUGGAUGCUCCCGAUACUUCAGAACAUGCUGCCCCCAGUGUCCCCACUGGCCCGGCUGCUGAAGGCGAGGGUAACGUCGCUGGCGCGUACAGGCCAAAGAAGAAGAGAGGCCCCCCAGAGAAUGGUGUCCCGAGCUCCACCAAGGUCAUGGUGGCUAACCUCCCCUAUGAGCUUACUGAGGAAAAGGUAUGUCCUCCCCGAUUAGGCCCAUUCAACUAUAUUAUUUGUUAACACCUAUCCCACUUAUAGCUUAAGGAAUUGUUUGCUCCUUAUGACCCCGAGUCUGCCAAAAUUGCUCUCCGUCCGAUCCCCCGUUUUAUGGUUCGCAAACUUCAAGCACGUGGCGAACCUCGUAAGGGACGUGGUUUUGGCUUUGUUACCUUGGCCUCCGAGGAGAUGCAGAAGAAAGCCGUUGAGGAGAUGAAUGGAAAGAUAGUCGAUGGCAGAGAGAUCGCUGUCAAGGUUGCCAUCGACAAUCCUAAGGUUGAGGGAGAGGAGGGUGAACAUGCUGAGGAGGAGAAGAAGGAGGAAGCCGGCGAGACCAACGGCAUCAGCUCGGAGCAACCUGAAGCUCAGGCUAUUAAUGCCAUUUAAUGGAUUGACGAUGAUUGGUAGAACUGGGGAUGGAAAACCGAGCUUUUGAUUCCGUUCAUAGGCAACAAAGAUCUUUGCGUAUUGUUACGUUGCUUAUGGGAGAGGUUGGGACACAUUUCUGUCUUAGGUUCUAUCUUAUAUGACGUGCUAUGAAGAAAAAAAAAGAAAUUAGAGGAGUGGGAAAUGGGUUUGUGGGGGUCUUCUCACUCCUUCAAUGCUAUGUUUCUCUCGGCUUAACGAUGAUGGUGGGACUGAAAUGAGUUGAGAGGUGACAAAUUUCUUUGCUUGCCAGCGAAUAUGGUCUGGUUUUGUUUGCUUCCUUAUCUUUUCUCAAAUCAUUGGCCUCCCAAGGGUUUUGGGGAAGGUGAAGGUGGCUCAUAUUGGAUUCACAGGAGUUGGUAUUAAAAGAAUAUUUUUUUAAUCGCUCG